AUGGCGGAUCCUCUCCUCUCAUCACUAUGCAGCAUCUGCCACAUAAACGAUCCAAAAUAUACAUGUCCACGCUGCUCCAUACAGACCUGCUCGCUCCCCUGCUCGCGCCGCCACAAACUAUGGUCAUCAUGUAAUGGAGUACGAGAUCCGACAGUAUUCAAACCAUUAUCGCAAGUAGCAACCCCAUCCGGCAUCGACCACGAUUAUAACUUCAUCCACUCUAUCGAACAUGGAAUUGAGCGCUCCGAGAAACAGAUAGUGGAGGACCGGGGCUUAGUACACAAGGAGGAGUUGCGGGUUGCGAGACACGGUCCAGAUAGGAGGAGACAACAGAGGAGACAUGGACCAUCCGGGGAAACUCCUAUUGAUAGGCUCCUGGACGUGAUGAAAAUAAAGGUCAUACGUGCGCCUAAGGGUAUGAGCAGGAGUGUGGAGAAUAUAACGAAUUGGAGUAAGCACCAGAAGAGUAUCAAUUGGCAAGUGGAGUGGAUCCGAACGGACGCGGAACGGCUGCUGGGUAAGGCAAUGGGCAAUAAGCCUCUUGGAGAGGCUUAUGACGAGGCGUUUGAGGAAGAUAGGAGGAGGAAAUUGUCGGAUGAUGAGAGGAAAGUUGAGAAGAAGCGGAAAGCCGAACAAGUCCGGCAGAGGUCUGCGAAGAGGGUCAAGUUGGACGCGCAACAUAAACUUGAUCUCACAGCCAUACCAAGGCUGCAGAAUCCAGAAACGGGAUCUUGGGAUAUCGUAACGGCAAACUCAUCCGUACUGAAUAACACGAGAGAAGAAUCUCAGGCUCCAGACGAAGAACACUCGCCCUCAGCGAACCUAGCAUUCUACCUAUAUCGACCAAACACGCCUUCCUCAUUCCCCAAAGUAUUAAUACCCAUCAACACCUCGAAACCCUUAACGGAUCUGUUACGCAAAAGAGAGGUCCUGGAAUUUCCUACAAUAUAUAUUUUUGAGCAUGGCACGCCACUCCCAGAAGAUUUCAUGUUGGAAAACAAGUUUUUAACUGCCACGGGACAGGCUCCGCUGGAAACUUCAGAUGCGGACACGGAAGAUACCGCCAGUUCGGUGGCGGAUAGUGACACGAGUACUAGUGGUUCUGAUUCUUCUGAGGGUGAGGUGGAUGAGGUGGAUGACCAGCAUAUGGAAGGAGGAUAG